AGCUGCAUAUCUUCGUCUUCUGACUUCUAUAUAAACUCAUUAUAUAUUACGGUUGUUUCAACCUCAAACUUGAGAAGUAGAAAGAACAACACCUCAACUUCUAAUAUACCAUGAUGGAGUUUGAGACUAAUCAAUGCCAUUUAUUGGAUUUAUUUGAUAAUUUCAUUGGGAGGGUCAAAUGGGUUGGUAGUCUCGUCCUCUCAGUCAUCAUCCGAAACAUCUUUAUAGUGAUCUUAACAUUCUGCUUUGCAUUUGUGGGAACUUUGUUGGGGGCUAUGACUGGAGCUUUGAUAGGCCAAAAAACAGAGAGUGGCUUCAUUCGAGGUGCUGCGGUUGGUGCUAUGUCAGGGGCUAUUUUCUCUAUUGAAGUCUUUGAAUGUUCUAUUGAUCUUUGGCAUUGUGAUAAUUCUGGAAUAGGAUGUCUUUUAUACUUGAUUGAUAUUAUUGCUAGCCUAGUGAGUGGGAGACUUGUACGUGAAAGGAUUGGUCAAGCCAUGUUGAAUGCGGUUCAAAGUCAGAUGGGUGCAGGUGAAAUGAACUUCUAUGAGUUUCAAAAUAUAUUUGACAUUGGAUGUGACACAGGCUUACCAGGAGCUUCGGUUGAAAAGAUCCCAAUAGUCUCAAUCACAAGUGGCAAUAGAGUUUCAUGUUCAGUUUGUCUUGAGGAUUUCCAAAUUGGAGAAACGGUUAGGAGCUUGCCCCAUUGUCAUCAUAUGUUUCACAUACCUUGCAUUGACAAGUGGCUCAUCAAGCAUGGCUCGUGCCCAUUAUGCAGAAGAUUUCUGUAAUUUCUUUUGGUUAUAAAGAAUUUAACAGGAAAUGUCACACACUCUAAAUGCAAAUUGA